AACGAAAGAUUUUAGGAUAUUCUCAAUCUCGUGUUGGGCCCAAAAAGGUUUCACUGAUGGGGGUUUUACAGAGAUUGGCUGAUUUUUUAAAGUUAUUUGGCAAGAUUGGGGUAAUAAAAAGUUAUUAUAUAGGGUUGGGUUAUCGUGGAUUGGUCUAUAACUUAAGUUUGUUUAUGUUGUGCGGUUAUGGGUUUUUAUUAUGUGGUUGGGGUAGUAAUACAAAGUAUUCAUUGUUUGGUGCAAUUCGUGCUGCGUUUAGUAGGGUUACAUUUGAGGGUGUGUUGAUGUGUUUGGUUAUGUUAGUUGGAUUGUUAAUUGGUAAAUAUGGUGUGUGUAUAUUUAGAUUAGAGUUUGGUUUUAUAAUAUUGGGUGGAGCAUUAGCCUACCCCAUAGUGUUGAUUUCUAUUUUGUGUGGGUGUCAGCGUUCUCCUUUUGAUUUUUCUGAGUCUGAAAGUGAUCUGGUCAGCGGGUUUAAAACUGAUUAUUAUGGUUUGUCUUUUGCAAUUAUAUUUGCUUGUGAAUAUGCAAUAAUGCUAGAGAUGUUAUUUUUUUUUAUACACACCUUUUUUUUGAUUUUUGUUCGCGCAGUUUUUCCACGAAUUCGUUAUGAUUACUUUGUUUCACUAAUGUGA